CACCAUCCCUCCUCUUGGCGUCUUCUCCUUUUACCCCAGACCUUAGAUUUCCAGAAUCCCAAUACUCUCUCGCUCUCUGUGGCUCCCGGGGAAUUUCUCUGGAUAUGAUCAGACUACUAUCUUUUCUGGAGCUCAAUCUCCACCCUCCGAUUGCUGCUGGGUUCCAUGGCUUCUUCCGCGGCUCCGCAGGGGCAGGGGAUCCACGGGCAUGACAUCCAGGCGGCCAUGGCCAAGGCCGUCGAGCUGAGGGCCCUCCACGCGGCGCUGCUCCAGGGUGCCAGUGGCAGCCCCGCCGUCCUGAGGCUUCCGCCCGGCGCUUCCCCUUCUAUUUCCAGGGGUUCCAAUCAAUUUUCCGCCGAGGAUUACCCCGUCUUCACGCCGAGUUAUGAAGAGGAACCUUUAUCUGGAUAUCACUAUAUUCGUCCAGAGAACCGAAGCUUAUCAGAAAUCUGGCGCAGAAUCAUGCUGGAAGGAGAAAGCAAAGAUGAUGAAGCCAUUUCCUCUGAUAAUAAAAGUGUUAAUAGAUUUUCUUCUUCAAACAGUGAACAACAUAUUUGCUCUACAAAUAACCAUUUCUCCAACAGAGGGUCAUGUAUCAACCACGUGUCUCUUCUGCAAAUUGCUCCAGCAGCUGAUAUCCUUAAAUCUUCGAGCAGGAGAACCAGUUCAGGAGAAUUCAAAACUGUAACAACAUGCAAUACAUGCAAGCCUGCAACUAUCAAUAGGGAACCUGAAAGUAAUCACAAAAAUCAUAAGAAUGUGGCUAGCACAGCACCAGAGCCUGAUACACAGCCAUCCACACAGUUACCUACAAAGCAGAGAGGGCCAAUACUAUCAUGGUUGUUUCCCAAAUCAAAGAAGAAACCCAAGUCAGAGGUGUUCGCAAACACAAUAGAAUCCGAGGACAUGUCACAACUUUUAAAAGACUGGGGUUUUUUUUCUCUUGAGUCAUUGAAGAAGGAGCUGCUUGAGGCUAAUCAGAACCGGGAUGCUGCAUUGGCAGAAGUUGCAGAGAUGAAAUCCUCCUUAGGAGAACUGGGACAGAAGCUACUGAGCUUAGAAGCAUACUGUGAAGAGCUGAAGAAGGCUCUAAAACAGGCAGUGCAAAUGAAGAACUGUCAGGUUCUGGACCACCCAAAUUUGCCGAAGAGAACAAAAUCCAUCAGUGGCAGCAGAGACAAUUUAAUGCCUGUCAGCCAUGAAGUAAUGGUAGAAGGUUUCUUACAGGUAGUGUCAGAAGCAAGGCUCUCUGUAAAACAAUUCUGCAAGACACUCAUCCACCAGAUUGAAGAAACUGAUAGUGAACUGAUGGAGAAGCUGAAUUUGCUCCUCCUAUCACAUCAUAUCACAUUGAGCAACAGGUACUCAAAAGGAGUACUGUAUCAUUUGGAAGCUCUUGUAAACCAAUCUCUGUAUCAGGACUUCGAGAACUGUGUGUUCCGGAAGAAUGGAUCACCAAAGUUUCUGGAUCCCCAGCAGGAUCGCCAGGAGAACUUCUCAGCUUUCGUUGCGCUGCGGAACUUGAGCUGGAAUGAGGUAUUGCACAAAGGAACUAAGUACUACAGUGAAGAAUUCAGCAAAUUUUGUGAUCAAAAAAUGAGUUGCAUUGUUUCUAUAUUGAAUUGGUCAAAACCAUGGCCUGAACAGCUCCUCCAGUCAUUCUUUGUUGCUGCCAAGUGCAUUUGGUUGCUUCAUCUCCUGGCUUUCUCCUUCAGCCCACCACUGGCGAUCUUGCGGGUUGAGGAUAACAGCAGUUUCAAUCCCUUCUAUAUGGAGGAUGUCCUCUUUGACCGCCACAGAGUGCAAGCUCCAGCCCAAGUCAAGAUCAUGGUAAUGCCAGGAUUCUAUGUUCAAGAUAGAGUGCUCAGAUGUAGAGUUCUGUGCAGGUACCGAUCUGUAGCAUAACCAUUCACCGUUCAUACUAAUGGUUUUAUUUUUUUUCCCCUUUAAGGCAAGCUUCUAGGCUUCCAGCGGCCUUUCAUAUCUGAACCAGUCUCUCAUCUCCAUAUUGCUGUAUUUUUCUUUUUACCUUUUAUUACAGUACAGGUGUGAUAGACAAUCUAAAACUAGACUGUUUCUUCAUAUGUUCUUGGAGGGGAAGAUUGUAAUUUCCAUUUGACUAUUGUUGAAGUGCGUUUUGUGUAUCAGUUGAAAUGAGUAUGAGCAAGGAUGAUAUGUGUGGUAGGAUUUUGCUUU